AUGAAACGCGGUUUUAUGAAAGGCAAGAUCACAGGCCCGAAGGGCACCGCCAACAACAAGCCUCUAGCUCGAACUAGCCGACUGGAAUCUGCUGGACAAGAACACGCCGAUCUCGGAGUUGACUGGCACGUCGCUGCAUUUCUGUAUGAGACUUUGGAUGUUGACCUUCAUACAGAUGGCCCGUCGCACAUAAAGCUCAGCUAUGGUGUUGUCAAAGAAGCUGGCAAUCUGGACGGGUUCGUGCCACAGAAACUUCAAUAUACCGAGCUUGAUCCAUCGAGGCUCGACCAUCCGGACGACACCACGAUCCAAACCACCAUUCCCGCGCAAUGGAGUGACAUCUCGCGGCAUACAGCUGACGAGCUUCAAGACUCGUGGUGCGACGCCGUUGUUGAUGCUGCCACCAAGCGCGAGAUCUUCACGCAGCCCGGAUUUCCUCGGCCCGUCCCGCGGCCUUCCACCCCUGCUCAUCGCAUCGCGCCCGCUGGCGCCAAAGGCCUCGGCAUCUUCGCCACACGCAACAUCAAGGGGGGAGAACUUAUACUUGCCGAGCGCCCGCUGCUCAUGACGCCGGCGACCAUUCCUCCGAUGAGCACAAACAUACCUAGCCACUUCACCCUGCAACAGUUGACGCUGGCGAAGAUGGCCGAUUGGGAGAUAUAUCUGAAGCAGUUCGUCAAGCGAAUGUUGCCCGACCGCUACGAGAAGUUCAUGGCGCUGUCGAACAACCACCAACACGAUGGGAGCGGGGAGAUACUGGGUCGCAUCCGCACCAACGCGUUCGGUGUGACCUGCUUUAGGUACUUGAGGACGACGCGGGACAGCCCAUACUCCGUCGUUUGCGACGAGUUGUCUCGCUUUAAUCACAGCUGCCGGCCAAAUGGCAGCUAUCACUUUGACCCUGCCUCCUUUUCUAUGGCUGUCUACGCGACGCGCGACAUCAAGAUCGGCGAAGAGAUCUGCGUGUCCUAUGUUUCGGACUUCGCGCCCUACGAGGAGCGCAAGAAAAAUCUCGCUCCCUACGGCAUUGAUUGCACUUGCGAGGCCUGCGAGGACCACGUCUCCUCAGAUGCCCGGCGCUCCGAGAUCGUCCCAUUCCGCAUGCCGGAUUCGCAGACCGACCCUGAGGUAGAGCUGCGAAGGUACAUCUCGCAGAUCCUUCUCAUCGAGAAGGAAGGGCUGGAAGGCUCAAGGCACUAUGUGCAGAACCAUGCAGGCAUCUGUAUAGUGGCACUUGGGCUCGGGAAGAGGGCCCUGGCGACGAAGUACCAGGCGCGCCUGGCGCAGCUAGCAAAGCGGCCGGAAACCAUCAAUCCCGACGUCCUCCUUGCAAUUGCGAUGGUAUCUAUGGUACUUAAGUAG